AUGUCUAAACGUCUCUCGGUCUCUUUUAUCCAAACCUUUACUAUCGAUACGUCUCUCUCUCACUCACUCACUCACUCACUCACACACACACACUCUCUCCUUCUCGAACCUGUAACACCAGUACGUCGCUCCCUUUCGUUCUUCCGCUUGAACCUCUUUAUUCUUGUCUUCAUUACAACUCCCUCUCACCAUGUCACUCGCUUUCAAGUGUCCUUCCUCAGUGUUGUCAGCUUCCCCGUGUCCCUCACCUUUGUCGCUCGCUUCCCUGUGUCCCUCACCUUUGUCGCCCGCUUCCCUGUGUCCUUCGCCAGUGUCGCCCGCUUCCCUGUGUCCUUCGCCAGUGUCGCCCGCUUCCCUGUGUCCUUCGCCAGUGUCGCAAGCUUCACUGUGUUCCUCGCCAGUGUCGCCAGCUUCACUGUGUCCCUCGCCUGUGUCACCCGCUUCCCUGUGUCCCUCACCUUUGUCACACGCUUCCCUGUGUCCUUCGUCAGUGUCGCCCGCUUCUUUGUGUCCUUCGCUUUUGUCGUCCGCUUCCUUGUGCCCCUCGCCAGUGUCGCCCGCUUCCCCGUGUCCCUCGCCAGUGUCGCCCGCUUCCCCGUGUCCCUCGCCAGUGUCGCCCGCUUCCCUGUGCCCUUCGCCUUUGUCGCCCGCAUCCCUGUGUCCCUCGCCAGUGUCGCCUGCUUCCCUGUGUCCAUUCGCCUUUGUCGCCUGCUUCCCUGUGUCCCUCGCCUUUCACUCGCUUUCAAGUGUCCUUCCUCAGUGUUGUCAGCUUCCCCGUGUCACUCACCUUUGUCGCCCGCUUCCCUGUGCCCCUCACCUUUGUCGCCCGCUUCCCUGUGUCCUUCGCCAGUGUCGCCCGCUUCCCUGUGUCCUUCGCCAGUGUCGCCCGCUUCACUGUGUUCCUCGCCAGUGUCGCCAGCUUCACUGUGUUCCUCGCCAGUGUCGCCAGCUUCACUGUGUCCCUCGCCUGUGUCACCCGCUUCCCUGUGUCCCUCACCUUUGUCACACGCUUCCCUGUGUCCUUCGUCAGUGUCGCCCGCUUCUUUGUGUCCUUCGCUUUUGUCGUCCGCUUCCUUGUGCCCCUCGCCAGUGUCGCCCGCUUCCCUGUGUCCCUCGCCAGUGUCGCCCGCUUGCUUGUGUCCCUCGCCAGUGUCGCCCGCUUCCCUGUGCCCUUCGCCUUUGUCGCCCGCAUCCUGUGUCCCCGCCAGUGUCGCCUGCUUCCCUGUGUCCAUUCGCCUUUGUCGCCUGCUUCCCUGUGUCCAUUCGCCUUUGUCGCCCGCUUCCCUGUGUCCCUCGCCAUUGUCGCCCGCUUCCCUGUGUCCUUCGCCAGUGUCGCCCGCUUCCCUGUGCCCUUCGCCUUUGUCGCCCGCAUCCCUGUGUCCCUCGCCAGUGUCGCCUGCUUCCCUGUGUCCAUUCGCCUUUGUCGCCUGCUUCCCUGUGUCCAUUCGCCUUUGUCGCCCGCCCCUGUGUCCCUCGCCUUUGUCGCCCGCUUCCCUGUGUCCCUCGCCUUUGUCGCCCGCUUCCCUGUGUCCCUCGCCAGUGUCGCUCCUUCCCUGUGUCCCUCGCCAGUGUCGCCCGCUUCCCUGUGCCCUUCGCCUUUGUCGCCCGUAUCCCUGUGUCCCUCGCCAGUGUCGCCCGUAUCCCUGUGCCCUUCGCCUUUGUCCCCCGUAUCCCUGUGUCCUUUGCCAGUGUCGCCCGCAUCCCUGUGCCAUUCGCCUUUGUCACCCGUAUCCCUGUGUCCUUUGCCAGUGUCGCCCGCUUCCCUGUGCCCUCGCCUUUGUCGCCCGCUUCCCUGUGUCCUUCGCUAGUGUCGCCCGCUACCCUGUGUUCCUCACCAGUGUAGCCCGCUUAUCUUUGUCUCUCGCCGCUGUUACUGACCCUUAUUUCAUUCAUCGUAUCAUCCCUUUCCUGUGUACAGCUUUGUAUCACCCGAUUCCAUCUCUUAUGUACACAUCUUUUCCUCGUUUCCUCCUCUUUCUUCAAUCAUUUUCAAACAUUUAA